AUGGAGCUUUCGUGGUGUUCUGAUGAUGAGCCAUUUGGGGACAUGACCAACCUCCAGGAAGUUCAGGCACCUUCACAGCCUCCACCUGACCAGGAGGAAGACGGUGACACUACAGCGGGGGCUUUGCAAGUGGCAACGUUGGAGGAGAGCUUCAAAUGGCAUUAUCACCUCAAAGAAGUUCUUACUUCGAAGUGGGGAAGCACCGCCGUGGACAGACUAGCUACAAAUUUGUCUGGAGCCAUGUGGAUGUCGCAAUACAGUGGCAUGGGUGGUAUGGAGAUUCUUAAGACACAUCUCGAGACAGCAACUGAUCUUGCUGGCCUUGGUCUACAGCGUGGUGAAGUUUACCACUCCAUUGACUACAACCCAGUGUGCCAACGAGUUUUGGAACACCACAAUCCCGUGCAUGUGUUCAAGGACCUUCUCCAGCUUCUGAGCAAGGAGGCAAGGGUGUCUGUCCAGCGGGUGAUGUCCAGUCACGAGCAGCUUGUCAAGAGCAUGGUCCACAAGACCCAAUCUGCCUCUUCAAAGACUGAGAAGGCCAGUGCGAAGAACGAAUUGAAACGUGUUGGGGAGUCUUUACUCAAGGUGCUGAUGAACUGCAUGGACCAGUUCACUACCGAGGACCUGUUCCAAUCGCAUGCUGUUUGCUCGAAGCAUCCAGAUGCAGCCACCAGAUGUCAGGUGUUCCCAUCAUAUGAUGGCCCUGAGGAUCCAAAGGAAUACUUCAUGGCAGGCACAUCGUGCACCGACUGGAGCUCCAUGGGUACCCAAACAUCCUUGGCAGGACACACAGUGCUGCCCUUUGCUGUUGAACUCCAGCUGAUCAAGCGACGACGGCCUGUCGUGUUCUUUCACGAAUGCACUCGCAAUUUCAGGCCACAGAUCCUGCAGGAAUACCUAUGUGGAUACACGAUCCACUCCAUGAUCCAGAAGCCCACCAAUCGGGGGUUCCCAAUAGCACGUACACGGGUCUACACCGCAUGUGUCAGGGAGGACUACCAGCUCUUGGAAGACAUCACCAAAAUGAAUGCUUGUGAUCGCACGCCGGCCUUUGACGGUGGGAGCUUGUUCUGUGCACCACAGAACAUGGUAGAUGCUGAGCUGAAAUCACUUGCAAAAAAGGGAUCAGGUGCAACUACAUUCUUUGAUGCACUCCCAGCUGCGUUUCAGGUCAGGCGUGACCAGUACAAUGAGAACAAGGAUAUCAAGAAAAUGCUUUCGAACGGCAACGAUGUCAUCAUCAAUUUGACUCAAAAUGUGGACUUCCUGAACUAUGCGUCAACGAAUUGCCCCUGCUUGCUUACCAAAAGCUUCAUGUGGUCCAUUCGCAAGCACCGACCAUUGACAUGGCAGGAGCUAUUGAACGCGCAGGGCAUUCCUAUGUUUGAGGAUUCUAUUGCAUCUUCUGGCAUUGGGUAUUGUCUUCUUCCAGAUGAUCUCGGUCGAGUGGCGGGCGUGAAGUUGGCUGGCAAUGGCUUCCACAUUGCGUGUGCAGGAACCUUCGUUGGGUUUGUCUUAGCUUUUUUGGCAAAGAAGACCUAG